CGAGGCGGGGACAGCGCCGCGACCCGCGGCCGCUGUUCGUUGUGUCACGACAGGCCAGGCGACAGGCAGGCCGCACAGUGCCCGCUGUACCGGCGUGCGCAGACCUCUGCAAUACCCCACACACUGCCGGUGCGCUCGACACCCACAAGGAGCUCGGGCCCCGUUGGAGCCCGGCCCGGCCCCUCCACGCCCUCGGCACCUGGCGGCGGUGGCCCCUCCUCCAGGAAGCCGGACUUGCCGCGUCCUUGUCGGCGGGGCCAGGUGCGCACCCCUAGCCGGGCUGGUCAGCGCCGCCACCGCGGCAGUAUGGACCCCCCGGCUGAGCGCCCCGCCGUGCCCUGCUGCCGCUCCCUUCUGCUCCUGCUGCUGUUCCUCACGAAUUUUGUGCCAUCCUUUGAAAAGGAGACAUUGCGGACGACGGCAGUUCAGUUUGAACCAAACAUGAAUUAUGUGGACUUUAUUCAUUUAAACAUUUUAGAAAGGAAGGUUCUCAACAGUUCAGAAGUUUCAGUUCAGUAUUUAUGUUCUAAGCCUUGUAUUAUCAACUUGGAAGCAGUAGCUUCUUCUGAGUUCAGGACUGGUGUACCAGUGUAUAGAAGGAGAUGGAAAGAUGAGAAGAACCUGUAUGUUAGCAGAACUCGACAAGUACAUUUGAAAUUUCCAAGCAUCAUGGUUUACAGAGAUGACUAUAUAAUCAGAAACUCAAUAAUAGUGCACAGUGUGAUAUUAUAUGCAUGGAUUAGUCACAAAUCCGUUACCAGCUAUGAUACUGAGCAGAAUGAAGACUACCAGGAUGCAAUUGCCAAGAACUACACUUUCUUAGAAGCAGUUCCACCUUUUGAGCGCCCAUUUAAAGACCACAAAGUUUGCCUUCAGUGGGGUGCUGACUAUUUGUGGAUGCUCCAGGCAAACAGAAUACCUCAGUGCCCUCAUGAAAGUGAUGGUGUCCAGAUUCUCAACUUUAUAUAUGCUUCCAGUGGGGAGAAAACAGGAAUUGUGAAGAAAUUUGAACAGUUUGAAAACAGAGAACUUGAGACAGUCAGACAACAUCAGAUUGAUUAUCCCAUGUUCACUGUUUCUAUCUGGCUGUAUUUACUCCAUCACUGUGAGAAGGAUCUGUGUGGUAUACUCUAUUUUAUUGAUCCAAAAGAAAUGUACAGUACUCCUGCUAUAUUUCUAAAUGAGGAAGGUUAUGUGCAUAUUCAGAUGCACCUCAUGAGAGGAGAUGACCUUGCAGUGAAAACUAGCUUCAGUCUUCCUCUGAAGCAGUGGUUUCGACUGGAUAUCUCUUUUAAGGGUGGACAGGUAGAAGUAAGCAGUGUUGGGAAGAAUUUGAGAAGACAUCAUCAUCAGUCUUUUAUUUUUAGGGAAGAUUUCUAUUAUGAGGACACUGCUGGAUACUUUGUUCUUGGAGGUAGUGGAUAUGUAAAUGGUGUCAAAGCAUUCUUUGGACCUGUGAAGUACUAUCGUCUCAAUGUGUUGGAAACAGAACAGAUUUCUAACCCUCUUAAUGACAAAGAAACAGUGGAACAAAUUGAACUUUACUAUGAGAGAUGCAUGGACAUUCAAGAAAUAGUUUAUGAGUACAGACGUAUUGUAAACCAGGGUGAAAAAUCGCAAAGAAAUAGUUACUGUGAAAACUAUUAUUUGAAGCUGAUUCAUAAAUAUGGUGAAAAAUCCAAAUGUGAUGCCUUCAUGUGGGGAAAAGAGCUCAGGGAAAAGUACCAUACUUUGUUCAAACUAUUAAAAGAGACAUAUUUCAGUGCUCCAGAUGUGUUAAAAGAUGGAAGUGAUACAGUUCUAGAAGUUGGUCGAAGGAUAUUUGAGAAGGUUUCAAAGGGUCUGUCCACCACUGAUGGCCUGAGCAAUAUGGGUUCCUUUGUCCCUCUCUUGGUGGAGUCCAGUUGUUGUGGAUACCAUAAGGCUUCCUAUUUCCUUGCAGUUAUAUUUGAAACAGGGCUUGGUGUGUCUGUGGAUCACAAAAAGGGACUGCUGUAUAGUUUGGUUGGUGCUCAGGGGAAUGAGAGACUUGCUGUGAUGAAUCUUGGCUAUAAACAUUACCAAGGCAUUAAUAACUAUCCACUUGAUUUGGAGCUGUCAUAUGCUUAUUACAGUAAUAUUGCAAUAAAGACAUCAUUGGAUCAACACACUAUAAAAGGGGAACAGGCAUUUGUUGAAACAAUAAGGCUGAUGGAUGAUGAACUGCUAAAAGCUCAAACAAAAGAAAAUGGUGAUGUCUUUAUGUGGUUAAAACAUGAAGCAACAAGAGGAAACGCAGCUGCACAGCAACGAUUGGCUCAGAUGCUUUUUUGGGGCCAACAAGGAGUGGCAAAGAAUCCUGAAGCUGCAAUAGAAUGGUAUGCAAAGGGUGCAAUAGAAACAGAAGAUCCAGUGUUAAUAUAUGAUUAUGCCAUUGUGUUAUUUAAGGGCCAAGGUGUGAAAAAAAAUACAAAACUUGCUUUGGAAUUAAUGAAGAAGGCAGCAGCCAAGGGUUUGCCCCAGGCAGUGAAUGGAUUGGGAUGGUAUUACCACAAUUUUAAAAGAGACUACAGAAAAGCAGCUGAACACUGGUUAGUUGCUGAAGAAUUGGGAAAUCCAGAUGCAUCAUACAACCUUGGAGUCCUUUAUUUAGAUGGAAUUUACCCUGGAGUACCUGGUAGAAAUCAAACAGUUGCUGCACACUAUUUCUAUAAAGCUGCCCAAGGAGGACAUAUAGAAGGGACUUUACGAUGCUCUCUGUAUUAUAUCACAGGAAAUAUGGAAGACUUUCCUAGAGAUCCAGAAAAAGCUGUAAUCUGGGCAAAACACAUUGCAGAGAAGAAUGGCUACUUAGGUCAUGUCAUCAGAAAAGCUCUCAAUGCUUAUCUGGAACUUUCAUGGCAUGAAGCUUUGCUGCAUUAUAUUUUAGCAGCUGAAACUGGGAUUGAAGUGUCACAGUCCAAUUUAGCACACAUCUGUGAAGAAAGACCAGACCUAGCAAGGAAAUACCUAUCAACUGAUUGUGUUUGGAGAUACUACAAUUUGUCUGUUUCUCAAGUCAAUGCACCAUCAUUUGCUUAUUUGAAGAUGGGUGAUUUCUACUACUACGGUUACCAGAACCAGUCUAAAGAUCUCGAGCUCUCAAUGCGGAUGUAUGCACAAGCUGCACUAGAAGGAGAUUCACAGGGUUUCUUUAAUUUGGCCCUGGUCAUAGAAGAGGGCAACUCCAUACCUUCUUACAUUCUGGAUCACUUGGAAAUUGAUCGGACAUUGCAUUCUAGUAGUGUGUCACUUCUUCAGGAACUUUAUUACAGGUGCUGGAAUAAUAGUAACCAAGAAUCAAUUAGUCCGUGCUCAUUAGCAUUGCUUUAUUUUUACAUGAGAGUUUUCUGGAACAAUAUUUUGCAAUCUACUCUGAUCUACUUCAUGGGAACCUUUCUUUUAUCAAUUCUGGUUGCAUUUGCAGUGCAGUAUUUUCAGUCUUUAUCUGCCCAUAAUUCUCCUGGAGCAAGAGCAGAACCAUCGUUAGAUGAACUUUCUUCCUCAGGGAGUAGCAAUGAGGAUGCUACCAGACUCAUACAGCAAGAUGAAUCUACGUUUUCAAAUGAUUUAGCACAGCAGGAGUCAAACCCUCAGAACCCUCUUGUUAUGAACUGAAGUGUAGUUUUCUUAAGGUUGGUGUCCCAUUGCGAAGAUGGGAUAUGAACAACUACAAAUCUAAAAACUGGCAACCAACCCUAUUAGUGGUGGUAAUAAUGCAGUCCAACAGUUAAAAUUGUGGGGAAAUUCACUGAUAUGAUUUCUCCACUAUAGAGGAAAACCAUCCCUAUAAUUUAACACUCCAAACAGAUAAUGCAAUUAUUUCUGUCCCCAGUACAUGAUCAUACUGUAUUUCAUUGGAGGACUUGAAGAAAGCUUGCAAAGUCUUUGCCUAAUCGAAGAAUGAGCAAACUUCCUACCAGUUUUGAUGAUGAAUUUUUACUCGCAUAUCCAAUAUCUUAUGAAAUUGGCUUUUUUAAGUGUAUACUAGUGAACUUAAAGAUUUUUGUAAGUUGAAAGUGCAAAAAUCACAUAAAAGUGAAACCUGGCCACCAACACUUUCCAAGUGCCAUGGCACACCAGCCAAGGCUUUGGUACAUGCAGUGAUAACAAUUCAGAUUUUGGCAUUUUAUAUUCCAUCUCAACUCUUAGAUGGGAAAUAAUGUUUUCUUUUGAAAGAAAAACACCAGGGAGAUUUGCAAUAUCAUCAUAACACAGGAGUUUUGCUGGCUAAACCUUAGGCAAAGUUUCACGAGUUUCAGCAGUUCCCUGGUCAACAGAACACUUUCUGGCCCUGCCAAGAGCCACUGAUCAGACAAAGUAACUUCCCUAAUGAAUAAAUAGAAGAAUAUUUAAGUGUGAACAGGUGCCACCUCACAAAGUGAGUAAACUAUUUUUGGAUUCUUCCAUCGAUAACAUUGGUAAGGAUUUAUUUCAUGUUCUGCAGUAACUCUUAAAAACACCUAUUUAAGUGACAGUUUAUUUGGUAAAGUUUAGAUGGGAUAUAUAGGUAACAAGUACAGAGUGCAAAUGCCUUCUGUCUCAUUUAAAAUUGUCUAUUAAAUGGCUGUAGGAAAGGCCUGACCUUUAAAGCAGGUAUGCCUGCACCUCUGUAAGAUGAUGUAGAUCACAGGUUAUAAAUUGCCACCAAUCUAUGCAUUAUUGAGGGUUAAAUCCACUCUUCUUGCACUACAUUAUUUACUCUUGUAAAUAAAAAUAUUUUUCUAAUUCA